AUGGCUGGAGGCCGGCCGGCUGGCCGGCUGGCGCGCUCCUCCUCCUCCUCCUCUUCCUGGCUGGGUUCAGGGCGCUCCGGCCCGAGCUGGAGGGAGAGGCCGGCGGAGCGCCCGCGCCAUGCAGGGAGCCGGGGCUUCAGCCGCGUCCUCCUCCUCCUGCUCCUCCGCGGCGUAGUCGGGGAACUUUGGAGCCAGCCGGCGGGCGGGCCAGGGCGAAGGGGCGGCUCUGGCCGGCUCUGCGCUCCGCCCGCGUCCCCGGAGCCGCGCCUCGCUGCUGCCCAUACAAGGCCAGGUCGGCGCGGGCCCGCCCCGUCCGUCUUCGCUCGCUCCGCCCGGAGGGAGGCAGGGCCCAGCAUCUCGCCUCCCCUGGCGGGGGUCCCGCCUGGAGAGGAGGCGGUGGCUAAGCUUUUCCCCCGCGCAGACCUGGCAGGGAGACGUGAAGGCCGCUUACUCCCGGGCAUAAAUUCUUGGAAAGAGAAAAUGGCGCAGAGGAGCCCGAUUUUCCAGACCCUGGGACCGACUGAAAGACGGAUCCGGAAUAUCCCCCUCCACAGCCAAGCCCUGACAGCGGUUCCUCUGGGCUCAGCCAGACUUGUGGACCAGCUGGAGGACAGAAUCCUCAGCCAUGAGAAAACGACCGCGGCGCUUGUGGAACACGCUUUCCGGAUCAAGGAGGACAUCGUCUGCACGCUGCACAGGAUGCAGAACAAAGGCGGUGGGGACCGGCUGGCCAGGCAGCUUUUGGAAGAACAUAUCCGCAACAUUACCGCCAUCGUCCGGCAGCUGAACCGGGACAUUGAGGUUCUACAGGAACAGAUUCGUGUCCGGGAUAACCUUAGUUACGGAACGAAUUCUACCUUGAAGAGCCUGGAGAUGCGUCAGUUAUCCGGCCUGGGCGACCUUAGAGGCCGAGUUGCAAGGUGUGAUGCUGGGUUAGCCAGAUUGUCUGCUGAGCACAAAGUCACCUAUGAAAGACUUCAGAACCUGAGUAAAGAUCAACAAACAACUAAACUGAUAUUGGAGUCUAAAAUCAAAGAAGCAGAAAUACAGAUUUCCCACCUUUUAAGUAGAAUAGAGCAGUCCAUCAUGCAACAAGAAGCCAAGCUGAAACUCACAUAUAAAGAGAGCAACCAACAGCUCCACCUUCUGGACGCAAAAUUACAGGAUGCCAUUGAUUACCUCAGUAACCAGAUCUCGUCCACACGGACCUGGAUGGAACAGGAGCACAAGCGGUUUGAGAAAGAGUUUCUAGAGAAGAUAGAGCAACUGUCCCUGGCCAUUAAGGAAAAAAGUGAAAUAGACAGCAGAGCCUUAGAGAUGCAAUUCAGAGAGGUCCAUGGGAAACUCGAUAAACUGGAAGACGUGCAAAAGAUCACUGUGGAAGAGCAUGGGACGAAACAGGCUGACGAGGGGAUGAACGUACAGCUUAGCAAGAUUCAAAUGGAUAUGAAUACGGACAUAAAAGAAGUAAAAGCUGAGGUUAAUGCUGGGUUUGCCACCAUCUACGAAAGCAUUGGAUCCCUGCGGCAGGUUCUAGAAGCUAAAAUGAAACUGGACAAGGAAGAACUGCAGAAGCAAAUCCAGCAGAUGAAGUAACGUGUCAGAAGGUGCUCAGCUGAGCUUCCAAAGCCGAGUUUUGAGCAGAGGGAAAGAUGCUAAUGGCUCGAGGGUCUGCCAGGUUGUCAUGUAAACUUCAUGCAUGGACCAAGCGACGUGUUUCAGUUCCGUGGAGCUGUACGGUUGCUUACUGUAAAUAGUCAAAACGAGGCUUUUCUAGAGAAAUGAAUCCUUUUCCAGGAAGAGCUGUGUGUACUGCUGCCCUCUAACUCUCGAUCUGACCUCCGCUGACUUCCGAAGAGUUGCCUUGCGGGAAUCGGGCCAGAAAUUUGUGUCCAGGAGGCCUCUAAAUCCUGCGAGCAGAGCCAUGUAUCCCAACACGUUGAAACGAACAAGAGCCCAACCUAGGCCCAAGACAGUGGAAGGAAGGAAGGGUUAGAAUUGAACUCCGCUCAGUCAGACCCAUCCAGGUGGUUUAAAUCCAUGCAUUUCAACCGUAAUUGGUUUCCAUUGUGGGGCAAAAGAGUAUUAAACUAUUUCCUCUUGAAAUCAAAAACAAAACAAAGUAGGGAAGGUAAUAGCUGUUGGGGGCAUCCAGUACAGCCCACUG